CGUACAUCCAUGUGCGCAUGUUAAUUUUGUCCAUCCACACCAGACUUGAUCAGGACACGCACGUGGAAAACGCCUGAAACAUUCAUGCCAAUUUAGCUACCUAAUUUACCCUGGGAUAUAAACAUUGGGUUGUUAAUAUAUCUGAAAUGCAUAAGAUCCUCUACUCCGACAAUUACUCUACAGAUGAAACGAUUCGCAAUCGGUCAUGUGGGUGGAGGGAGUGCACGCGCACUUCAGAAUGUGACGCAGUCGGGGAAAUCCCAGUUUAACUUCUCUUUCAGAAGUAUAUAAACUGCUACCCUCCUGUUCUAAAUCGUCAUCUUCUUUACUGUGUACUACAAUUAUGCUUUUUCAACUCGUCUGCAUAUUAGCUGCCUCUGUGCAAGGUGGCCUCAUACAGGAUAGGCCUACAGAAGAGGUGAAGUCAGUUUGUGGAGAGGACUCAAUUCUGAAAUGUAAAGCAAUAUGUAAGCCUGGGGUCCAAUACCGGGCGGUGAGGUGGUACAAGCUGGGUGAGGAGCCCUCUAAUAAGGAGUCCGGUCUAUUGAUGAAGAGGCUAUCAUCACCUAAAAGCACCACCCAGUGGUACACAGGCCUGGAGCGUGAAGUGGAACUUUUGGCUGAUGAUUCUUUCGAUAUCUUCCUGCCCAAUGUAACAGCUGUUGAUAGCGGGAGGUACAAGUGUCUCCUGGCAGCACCUGUAGGAGAGCAGAACCAGGAGGGGCAGGUUCACCUCAGAGUGACAGGUUGCCUUGAGUCCACAGACCAAUCAGAAGAAAGGGAUACCAUUCUAGUUCUUUCCAUUGUGGGGAUUGUGGCGGCAUUGCUGAUAUUCACCAUCAGCUAUGUCAUCCUAAGGAAUAUGUUAUUGCAAAGGAGUAAGAAGUAUCCACAAGAACCACUUCUAGAUGCACCCCUUGAGAAGAAAGAUUUAAUGUUGAUUUACACUCUGGGGCCAAACUGGUCGAGACAGGGUUCCAUAAAACAUGUCUGUGUGUGAGAGCCUGUUCUGCUAGUUUGGGCUCAUUGUAUACUUGAACGUUAAGAGGAAAUGCAGAGAAAGACUAGGGCACGUUUGAAGCUGAGCAACGAGUCUAUCAUGCUGACCACACCGCUUGCGUUGUGCGCGUGGCAAAAUAAAUGUACACAUACCUGUUAUUCAGCAAUUUCAUCCAAACUGCUCGCGCGCAUCAACAGGCGCCUGCGUAGCCAGGUGCUAAAAUAGACGCUUUAUGCACUGCAAGUCCAGCUUCUCCCAUCUCCUCAUUGGUUUUUCAGAGCAUAUACCCACAUGGGUGAUUGAAAGAUGAACUGCGAUCCACACUCACUCCAGCCCAGUUGGUGGCAGUAAUGCACCUUAAAGUUGGUUGCCAAACGCAAUAUAAAGUCAGAAGAAGACUGAUGGAGAGAUUACUAGAAACAAACUAAGCUUACCCUUUUAUCUCUGGAUUAAUUGUCAGAGUAGAGGACCUUGUGCAUUUCAGGUAAACUAACAACCCAAUACUUGUACUUUCCAGGAGAAGAGUUCACCUCUAGAGCAGAUGGAGGCAGACAAUCCUCUGGCUGGGACUAUAGAACCAAUAUGUGUAGGCUUUUCAAAGUAAUUAAACUUACUGAUUGCUCGUCUGCAGCAUCCACUCGCCUGUGAUGCGCAGGCAGCAGGGCCUGCUGAAGGGACCCACGAUCUAAGCCCCAAGAUCUAACCUCAAUAAGGAGCUUCAGGAAGGGGUGCAGGAAUGGUCCACGAUGAGGGGUCAUUCUGGAGGGUUGCUCCAUGGCAACGUGGGGGUUAAUCCCAUUUACAUUUGAGUCAACCCAGGAAUUGAAGUCGACAUUGACUUUGAACUGGGAAAUGACCAAUGUGUAAUUUUCCUCAAAGCAAAAUGAAAGUGGGCUUUGGUGAAAAGUAAUUGGCAGAAAAUGAACUUGUAUUGUUUUUUAAACAUGAUCAGCAAUUCUGUGGAUACAUUGAAAAUAAAGAAGCCUUGUAAAUAAUUUGGUAACUAACUGUAUCUGAUGUAUGCUGUCUGAGGUGCUAAAUGGCUUUUAACAAAUCUCUACCUAUUUCACAAGACACAUUCUGUCAUUUUUUAUUUUAGU